AUGCUUGCAAUAGAUAUAAGUAUUACAGUAACUGGUCAUAUAGCACAAACUAUCGAAACUGAAAAUAAAAGUGCAGUUCUUGACUUUUAUGUUGAGGAGAGAAUCAGAAAAAGAGAACCUGCAGACUUUUGGGUUGAAGUAAAACACAAAACAAAUAACACCUAUCUCGCAAACAAAACAAAUUCUAUAAACCAAAAACUUCACUCUACUACUGCCCUUCUUGUUGGCAUCAUAUAUUAUUAUCCUCCACCAUCUGAUUCUAAUGAAAGAAAGCAUGUCUUGUUAUUAGAAGAUAUCUCUUUACUUUUUACACAUAUUAACAAUAACAAAACAA